AUGGACAUCAACAUCAACAUGAAUGAGAACGACGCUCUCGACAUUUCCUCGCUGCUGCUGUCUUCGUUUGGGUCCCAUGCGAUGGAUAGUAACGGUGAUUCCGAGGACUCAUCAAUUGGCGCCAGCAAUCAUAGACAGAACACAGAGGCACCGCCACCACCCAGACAAAAGAUAAAUGCUCGGGAACGCUAUCGCACCUUCAACGUGAACGCUGCUUACGAGGCGCUGCGCGGCUUGAUUCCCACAGAGCCAGUGAACCGCAAAUUGUCCAAAAUCGAAAUAAUUCGUCUAGCCAGCAGCUAUAUCACACAUCUGCGCAGCACCUUGCACGCAGGCUCUGAUCGGCAACCCUGUCUGCUGCGAAAGUGUGAGCACAACAAAUACGCGAAUGAUGGCAGCGGCGCAGCAGACCGCGUUAACAUUUGUACAUUUUGUAUGAAACCAAGAAUGUCACAAGUGACGGAAUCUCGAUAAUUGUAGGUCACACAAAAAUGUAAAUAAAUAAAUAUACUUAUA